AUGCAGGCGAACCAGUUACACGGGAUGAAGGGCCAGCUGGAUGCAGGAGACACCAAGUCCAUCGGCGGCGAAGUCAAGAAGCUUAACACCAAGGGAACCAAUCAAAAUGAAGAUGCGCAUUUCAAUGUAUCAAACGGGGGCCAAAACGAUGACAUGGUUAAAGUCUUCCCAUUUGAGGAAGAUACACCUGACAGAGAAAUCGCCAACGGUAGGGAUCAAGCCAACUCAUCGACACACAAUGAUAAUUUUGUGAACAUGCUGCAACAUCGCGAAUGGGAUGUAACGUACACACGCAGCAAAACGGAAAAUAACUACUCCAAAAAAAAUGUCUUACGCAAUGAGUCAGAAGUGCUCUCGAAGAAAAAGUCGCUUCCUCUUUCGUUUGGUCACAUAUCAAAUUACGUAAACGAGGCAGAAAAUGGGCACAUCAAUGAGGCCAGUGUUAUGCCCAUAAGCAAGGGGGGAAGCGCACACGCGGCUAGCAAGACAUUGAAAAGUGCGGGAACUGGAAGUAUGGAUCAAUUUUUGUCUUUUAGGGACUCAAACAAGGGGAAAAGUAUGACACAAGGUGAAGUAGGUGUGUUCGCAGCGAAUGGUUCGCCAAGUGGGCAAGACGAACCGAGCUGGCAUAGUGACACAGACGAGUUCGAUCAACUAAACGGCAAGAGCAACCAGAAUGAACAAAAGGACGAAAGCGAACGGGCUACACAAAACAUUCAAAACGCACAACCUGAUCUUGCGGUAAAAAAAGAAGAAAGCGUAACAAAUGAUCGUAUGACAGAAAAAAAAAAUUGCACACAAGAGAGGAAACUGCAUACCCACGACUUACAAAAAAAAAAAAAAAAAAGUGAACAAGUCUCUGAUGAAAUAAGCAAUUUCUGCAUUGGAAAAGAGUUACACGCAAAGAACACAAGAGGGCAGAAUGUGCAGGAAGAAGGAAAAGAAGAACAAAAAGAACAAAGCGCCAUAAAAACAUUAACUCCAACAAAAAUAAAUGAUGAAUUGAGUGUGUUGGAAUUGAGAAAGGAGAAAAAUCGCGAAAUUAAAACAAAAUUUGAAAAAAUCUCCCUAAAUUCACAAGUCAAAAACCAUACAUUUGGAAAGCCAAACGGUAAUCAAAAAUAUUUUUAUCCCCCGGGGGAGAAGAAAUAUUCGGAUGGAUCACAAAAGGAGUCUUCUGAGGAACAAAUAAUGGUUCAAAGAUUUUCCAUACAACAAAGUGACACAGAAGACAUAGUUCAGAAAAAGGUGAAUUCCAUUGAGCACAUUUUGGCGGAAACCGAAAAGAGGAAUAUGAAUAAUUCACUUAAAAGGGUUAGUAGCUUCAAAACGGGGGAAGAGGAAGACAUAGGAAGUGUGAAUAAGGUUGGCCUUGUUAGAACAAACAGGAAUAACCAAAGUAGCGGCGUCUUUGGUGACCACAUGGAGGAGCAACAGGAUGAAGAGGUUUCACCCAUUUCGCGUGCACUAAUUGGAGAUGAAGUCGAAAAAGUGAUGAAAAAAAAAAUUAACAGAAUGGAAAGUUAUCAAGUUCAAUCGAGUGAACAUCGCGAUGUCAUCAAUGUAGAAAGCAUAAACGAAUCGGUAAGAACGUCUUCUGGAUCGUCAGAGGAAUUAGCAGAUAUAAAAAUAUACGACGACUCCGAAAUAGAGGAAUCCAAGGAGAGCGAAUUGGAGCAAUUUUGGCUUAACAGAGAAGUAUCAUCUCUUUUGAAUAAAUCGAAACUGUAUUCUUCUAAAUAUUCAAACCAGUUCAAUUCGAGCACGGCCAGAUCCAGCGGUGGAAAUUACAUCAAUGGCUCCGGGUUCCCAACAAGCGAAGAAUAUUCACAAGGAGGAACAACGAAUAGGAAAAUAUUUUCACCCCAAAUGAAAAGAUACCAAAGUGAUAUCAUCUCGUCUGUAAAAAUGAAGGCAAAUAAUUUUGAGAAUCGAAACACGGUCGAUAACUUAGAAAUGAAGGAAAGGUCCAAUAUCAUGGAAGAGCAUGAAGAAGGGGGGGUGUUUAGGAUGCCCAACCAAAGACACAAGGAAGAUUCUCCGAUUGAAAAGUACACUAUUAGUAGAAACAGCACUGUGAACGGUGCAAAAAAGAAAGAAAGCAUGGACGACAUGGCUAACAAGGUAGAUGCCAUAAAAAAGAAGUUAGCCAUCAUUAAUGACACCGACGUCGGCCUCAUCAACUUUGAAAAAUUCGACAUGUACCAAAUCGAUUUUGAAAAAUUAGGGCUAAAGGUGGACAACUUAGAAAAAGAGGAAAAAUACAUUUUGAUGCUCUAUAUGUCUGAAAAAAAAUUAGAGUACCUCCGCGGAGCAAGUGAGGCACACAAAAUGGUUCAUGUCAGUUCGAAAGCAUUACGAUCAAAUUAUAGCAAAAUGGUGGACGUGGGCGGGGUCAAAUUGGGGGAUGACGAUAAGUCAAUAUCAAUGAGGAGGUCACCUAGUGGCAUUAUUAGUAGGGGCGGUGAAGCGGGCUGCAGUGACGGUGGAUAUCUCCAGUUGGGACUCUUCGUGGAGUUGUACCGCCGGUUAUCAAAUCAGCAGAGCUUGACGUCGACGGUGGAGGACACAAACCAACCCAGCCAACCAAUUACCCACAAUGAGAACACUCUUCUAAAAAAAAUGCUAGCAAAUUUUAUAUACCUAUUUCUCCAAGAUGAGUGUCUAGACAGGCUGGUAAAAACCUAUGAACAUAUGAGCAAAACCAGAGGGAAGGAAGACGCGGAACGGGCAAAUUCGAAAUGUUUACACUACAUAUGUAGUAGCCUAUUACAGGACAUUUCUAGCUGCCAUACAUAUGAAGAAAAAGACCCCAUGGGGGCAGACACUUCUGAGGUGUUUUACAAAAUAGUAAAUGAAAUAGGAAGCAAGUUCUUAUGCAAUGAUAAAGUAAUGGGGAAAAUAAAACAAAUACAAAUUAUUAAUAAAAUGUUAAGAGAGGAAGUUAGAACCUAUUCCAUCAAAGUUGCAUCCAUGGAUAAAUUUUUCGACAUAGAACCACAUUUCAUUGAAGAAACUGAGAAAGUCGUACUUGGAAGAGACAUCGGGUUCUUUCAAAUGCACACAUUAAAUAAUAAUUAUAGGUACAACUAUCAUACAUAUGAAAGGGAAACAAAAUUGCUCUCGCAAAAUAGUAACCCUGUUUGGAAUUUUUUCUAUGGCUAUUUUAACGACAUUUACAAUUGGUAUAGUGAUAAUAAUAAAAAGGAGUUUUUUCCCCAGGGUCAGGUGGAAAAUGCGGAAAUGAAUAAAGACAUGGCUUCUUCGAAAAGGGUCUCCAGGAAUUUUAUCAAAACUAAGGAUGAGUCUAGCAGGGUAGAAGAAGGUCCUCUCAGAAAUGAUCACACAGAGGUGAAUGCUGAUCAGGUGUCACCCCAUCAGAAUGGAACAGAUCCUACUUGGAAUAAAACGGUAGUACCCCCCCCUUCUGCCCCAUUAGAGGGGAAGAGUGAUGUGGACAGGAAUCAAUUUCACCCGGGGAGCACUUCCUCCCACAGAGUGGAAGCCAAACAGCAAGGUGAGAAAGGGAGGGAUAUAAACGAAAAAAGGAUAGAUGAAGAAAUGGAAUCAUUUAACCUUAUAGGAGAGAAGAAGAAUUUAAUCAAUGUAAACUCAGUGGAAGAGACAUUGCUGAGUAAUUCCACGAAGAUUGGAGAAUGUCCACUAGAGAGUAACACUUCAAGUGUAGAUAAUUUAAUUUCUACCGAUUAUAACAACCUAGGAGAUAGCAGGGGCAAUGGUGAUUUGACCCCCUUCGAGGGAGAUCUCCACACCGUUAACAACAGUCCGCCACCAGAUAGAGACUGUGUGGAGGAUGAAUUGGGGAGCCAUUUGACUGAUAGAAUAGGUAGUGAUACCCCCGAUGAAAACCCCACCAGCAGAAGAAGUGGCCCUACCCCAGUGAACCCCAAAAUGGAACCAAUUUCAAAUGAGCAAAAAAAUAAGCAGAAAGGAGACUUCCACGAAGCGCACCUAGUGUCGUUUCAAUAUAAGGGAUCCAUACCAAAGGGGGAAAUAAACCAAAUGAACAACAUGAAUAAAGAUAAGAACAAAAAUAUAAUAGGGUGUUAUCUGUCCUCACCAAGUGACGAACAUUUGAUUGCUGUUCAAAUGAAGAGUGAGAAAAUUGAAAAUGUCCACAGCGCGCAUUUUCUACUGGAACGGUGUAAUAAGUACAAUAAAGAAAUUAACAAAUCCUUUGUCCAUAUAUUAAAUUCGAGGACAAAAAGGUACCUAGCUGUAGAUCUUCAAAACGGAAAAUUUCUAUUCACGAGGAAAUACGACGACGUUUUCUUCACAGAUGAGAGCAAUGUGGAGCACAGGAUAUGCACCUACUUCCAGCUGCAAUCCAUAUCUGACCUGAUGAAAAGCGUGAUCAUCGAGGACCUGGUGCAGAGCUUGGCCGACGUCGUUCUGCGAUGA